GAAAACAAGCCAACCAAAACACUGAUCUGAGUCUUUUUUAUUAUCAGCAAUCAAUAUCGAGACGUUGAAUUGUUAAAAUAAUCAGCCAGUGUUUCAAUAAACAGUCCGUUUUAGUCUUAGACUGGUCGGAAAGAACAACAAAAAUGGAUUUUAUCGGAAAAAUAAGGCUGAAGACGCAAAUGGCUUCAUCGUGUUUCUAACCGCCAAACUGGAAUCUAUUGUUUUCUGUUAACUGGUUUUCUUCUGUCGACUGCAUUGACCUCUGACCAUGAGCACCAGGGUAUGCAGGACCUGCGGGGGGUCAGAUAUUGAUGUGGACCAGGCCCGGGGCAGCGCAGUGUGUACCAGCUGUGGUUCGGUUCUGGAGGACAACAUCAUCGUCUCGGAGGUUCAGUUCGUGGAGGGAAGUGGAGGAGUUUCGUCUGCUGUGGGCCAGUUUGUGUCUGCUGAUGGUCCAGUUAAAGCUCCUCUUCUUGGUUCUGGUUUUCACACCAGUGUUGGGAAAGAGUCCAGAACCCAGACCCUGCAGGGUGGUAAGCGUCAGAUCCAGCAGCUGGGCAGUCAGCUGCAGCUCAACCAGCACUGUUUGGACACAGCCUUCAACUUCUUCAAGAUGGUCGUCAGCAAACACCUGACACGAGGACGCAAGACAGAGCACGUCAUCGCCGCGUGCCUCUACCUGGUGUGUCGCACCGAGGGGACGCCACACAUGUUGCUGGACCUGAGUGACCUGCUGCAGGUGAAUGUUUACAUCCUGGGGAAAACCUUCCUGCUGUUGGCUCGUGAGCUCUGCAUCAACGCGCCCGCCAUCGAUCCUUGCCUGUACAUCCCUCGGUUUGCUCACAUGUUGGAGUUCGGUGUGAAGACUCACGAGGUUUCCAUGACGGCCCUUCGUCUGGUCCAGAGGAUGAAGAGGGACUGGAUGCACACAGGACGCCGACCGUCUGGACUGUGUGGAGCAGCUCUCCUGGUAGCAGCUCGGAUGCAUAAGUUUCGUCGUACGGUGAAGGAUGUGAUCGGUGUGGUGAAGGUCUGCCAGACCACUCUGAGGAAGAGAUUAACAGAGUUUGAGGACACGCCCACCAGUCAGCUGACCAUCGAUGAGUUCAUGAGAGUAGAUUUGGAGCAGGAAUGUGAUCCGCCGUCCUUCAUCGCCGCACAGCACAAAGCCAAGAUGCAGCAGCUGGAAAAGGAGCUGGCCAAAAAGCUGGAUGACGUCGAAGGAGAAAUCAGCUGCUACAAAGACGAGAUUGAGACCGAGCUGGAGAAGAGCCGACCCAAACUGAGAGGAAUCUACGCCGCUUACACCAAAGAAAUCAACCCCGAGGACACAGAGGUUCUGUGCUCGAACUCUGACCCCGCGGAGCCGGAGGUCGAAGACGACGAGCUCAGAGUCGCCACCCGACACCUGACUCAGGACUUCCUGUGCCAGGUGAUUCAGGAGGAGGAGGGGCGGGGCAAGGCAAUAGACGACGGCAAACAAGAGACGGGGCCUCAGCGUCAGGCCGCCCCCCUCGCCGUCAUUCUGGGGAAGUUGCAGAGCGCCGCCGGCCUGGACCUCCAACAGACCGUUGAUGAGACAGAGACAGAGGAGAACCCCGACAACGAGCAGUCGGAGGGGGGAGAGCUGGACCUGGACGGUAUCGAUGAUCAGGAGAUCGAUAAGUACAUCCUGAAUGAGAAGGAGGUCCAGGUGAAGACGGAGCUGUGGAUGAAGCAGAAUGCAGAAUAUCUGAAAGAGCAGAAAGAGAAAGAAGAGAGGAUCAAGAAGGAGAAAGAACAAGGGACAUAUAAAGAAAAGUCAAAGAAGUCCAAGAAGAAGAAGGAGCAGAUCCAGGCGUCGACUGCAGGUGAGGCAAUCGAGAGGAUGUUGGAGAAGAAGAAGAUCUCCAGUAAGAUCAACUACGACGUCCUCAGAGACCUGAACAGCAGAGGGACAGGAAGCGGGGGGGGCAGCAGUCCCAGCAGAGCGUCCUCCUCCGACCCACCCGACACCAACGCCGCCACACAGAAACGACUCAACCGCCGCCGCCGCAAGAAGAGCAGCGACGCUAAUCGAGACCUCGCUGCUAAUGCCAGCAUCAUGGGGAAGAGGGUCCAGCUCCUGAUAUCCUCCACAUCAAAGAGGAAGAAAACAGCCGUCCAGGCAGAAAACUCCGUCACCAUAGCAACAGAUACAACAGAGGCUGCGUCUGAAGUGACCCCCGACCCUGAACCAGACACUAACUCCACCCCUGCUGCUCCACCCACUGUGCUGGAGGAGGAGGAGGAAGAGGAGGAAGAAGAAGUGGAGGAAGAGUGUGUCAGCGCUCUGCAACUUGUAGGAGAUUAUGGCUGUGAGGAGGAGGAAGUCUUCUAGCUCCAGAUGACCUUUGACCUACACUGAAUAAAAUGCUCCGUCCGGCAGACUGAGGCAGCUCCACUGAGAUGAAUUAAUGUUCCAGAGAUCAAUAACCAAUAUACCAAUAUCAGUGAUCGUUCAAAGUGAAAUAAUCAUUCGUAAAAAAAAGCAUCUCUGCGCUUUUGAUUUUGAUGCUUUUUAUUUUUCCAAUUGAAACUGAAUUUUAUUUAUGUUUUAAAAUUUUUAAUUUCUUCUUCUAAUUGAUCAUUGAUCACUUUGAUAGAUUUUAAAACAUCAAGCCUUUUGACAUUGUUCAUAUUGUAAGUAGGAAAGUUGUAGCUUUUAGAUAUUUGUGUAUUUUUAUAUUCAGUUGUUGUAUAUGAAUGUAAACAUUCCUGUAAAAUAUCAAUACAAUCAGUUUUAAUGCAGUUUAAUAGAAAAUGAAAACAAACCAUCACAAACUCGAUCAGCAGUUUUAAUGUUUCAGCAGUUUUAGUGUUUUUCUUGUGUAUUUGUGAGUGAAUGUGUUCACCUAAAGUGAAAUUUGUGUGUUUUCUGAUGACUAAAUAAUAAUGAACUGAAACAACAUUCCGAGAGAUUAAAGAAACUUUGACAGA